AUGUUUACAUUAAAUGGACAAAAUCAUUUGGCAAAGUUAGAUAUGUAUCAAUUGGAGCUGAACACAGAAUUAAUCAUUGAACAACACAAUAAAAGAUCAGGUGCGGAUGAUGAUGAUGAUGAUGAUGAUGAUGAUGAUGAUGAUGAUGAUGAUGAUGAUGAUGAUGAUGAUGAUGAUGAUGAUGAUGAUGAUGAUGAUGAUGAUGAUGAUGAUGAUGAUGAUGAUGAUGAUGAUGAUGAUGAUGAUGAUGAUGAUGAUGAUGAUGAUGAUGAUGAUGAUGAUGAUGAUGAUGAUGAUGAUGAUGAUGAUGAUGAUGAUGAUGAUGAUGAUGAUGAUGAUGAUGAUGAUGAUGAUGAUGAUGAUGAUGAUGAUGAUGAUGAUGAUGAUGAUGAUGAUGAUGAUGAUGAUGAUGAUGAUGAUGAUGAUGAUGAUGAUGAUGAUGAUGAUGAUGAUGAUGAUGAUGAUGAUGAUGAUGAUGAUGAUGAUGAUGAUGAUGAUGAUGAUGAUGAUGAUGAUGAUGAUGAUGAUGAUGAUGAUGAUGAUGAUGAUGAUGAUGAUGAUGAUGAUGAUGAUGAUGAUGAUGAUGAUGAUGAUGAUGAUGAUGAUGAUGAUGAUGAUGAUGAUGAUGAUGAUGAUGAUGAUGAUGAUGAUGAUGAUGAUGAUGAUGAUGAUGAUGAUGAUGAUGAUGAUGAUGAUGAUGAUGAUGAUGAUGAUGAUGAUGAUGAUGAUGAUGAUGAUGAUGAUGAUGAUGAUGAUGAUGAUGAUGAUGAUGAUGAUGAUGAUGAUGAUGAUGAUGAUGAUGAUGAUGAUGAUGAUGAUGAUGAUGAUGAUGAUGAUGAUGAUGAUGAUGAUGAUGAUGAUGAUGAUGAUGAUGAUGAUGAUGAUGAUGAUGAUGAUGAUGAUGAUGAUGAUGAUGAUGAUGAUGAUGAUGAUGAUGAUGAUGAUGAUGAUGAUGAUGAUGAUGAUGAUGAUGAUGAUGAUGAUGAUGAUGAUGAUGAUGAUGAUGAUGAUGAUGAUGAUGAUGAUGAUGAUGAUGAUGAUGAUGAUGAUGAUGAUGAUGAUGAUGAUGAUGAUGAUGAUGAUGAUGAUGAUGAUGAUGAUGAUGAUGAUGAUGAUGAUGAUGAUGAUGAUGAUGAUGAUGAUGAUGAUGAUGAUGAUGAUGAUGAUGAUGAUGAUGAUGAUGAUGAUGAUGAUGAUGAUGAUGAUGAUGAUGAUGAUGAUGAUGAUGAUGAUGAUGAUGAUGAUGAUGAUGAUGAUGAUGAUGAUGAUGAUGAUGAUGAUGAUGAUGAUGAUGAUGAUGAUGAUGAUGAUGAUGAUGAUGAUGAUGAUGAUGAUGAUGAUGAUGAUGAUGAUGAUGAUGAUGAUGAUGAUGAUGAUGAUGAUGAUGAUGAUGAUGAUGAUGAUGAUGAUGAUGAUGAUGAUGAUGAUGAUGAUGAUGAUGAUGAUGAUGAUGAUGAUGAUGAUGAUGAUGAUGAUGAUGAUGAUGAUGAUGAUGAUGAUGAUGAUGAUGAUGAUGAUGAUGAUGAUGAUGAUGAUGAUGAUGAUGAUGAUGAUGAUGAUGAUGAUGAUGAUGAUGAUGAUGAUGAUGAUGAUGAUGAUGAUGAUGAUGAUGAUGAUGAUGAUGAUGAUGAUGAUGAUGAUGAUGAUGAUGAUGAUGAUGAUGAUGAUGAUGAUGAUGAUGAUGAUGAUGAUGAUGAUGAUGAUGAUGAUGAUGAUGAUGAUGAUGAUGAUGAUGAUGAUGAUGAUGAUGAUGAUGAUGAUGAUGAUGAUGAUGAUGAUGAUGAUGAUGAUGAUGAUGAUGAUGAUGAUGAUGAUGAUGAUGAUGAUGAUGAUGAUGAUGAUGAUGAUGAUGAUGAUGAUGAUGAUGAUGAUGAUGAUGAUGAUGAUGAUGAUGAUGAUGAUGAUGAUGAUGAUGAUGAUGAUGAUGAUGAUGAUGAUGAUGAUGAUGAUGAUGAUGAUGAUGAUGAUGAUGAUGAUGAUGAUGAUGAUGAUGAUGAUGAUGAUGAUGAUGAUGAUGAUGAUGAUGAUGAUGAUGAUGAUGAUGAUGAUGAUGAUGAUGAUGAUGAUGAUGAUGAUGAUGAUGAUGAUGAUGAUGAUGAUGAUGAUGAUGAUGAUGAUGAUGAUGAUGAUGACGAUGAAGUUGUUGACAAAUAUAACAAUGGUAAUUACCAUAAUGAUAAUAUUUUUGUCUUAUCGGUUUAA